CGUUAAACACAAGGGGACUUUUCAGCACGGGGGAGCGCUCAGACCAUCACACCGGGAUCGGACCUAGGUCUUCAGAACUGCGAGGCCAACGCUUUACCAGCUGAUCCAGCGUGCCGUCGAUUACAAAACUAGUUCAUAAAUUUCAUGCGUAAAUAUGAUGAGGCGAAAGAUUUUCAUGACUUCAAAGUCACAACGGCCCCUCUGAGGGAAACCGUAUCACUACAAUGUGACCCGUGACAAAAAUGAGUUUGACACCCCGGCACUAUACUGUAUAUUCCCCCCCCCCCCCCUUCUUGUUUUCUGGAAGAUUCCUGGCUACCGUCAAGUUUUACGAAAACAGAAAAAUAACACCAGCUCACAUAAACUGCCAAGCGACUGAAACACCCUCAAACGCAAGACAUCGGUUCAUUUGGAUCCCUCGUAUCAGAGUUGAGGAGCUCGCACGCUAUUUACUUACUGGACACGCACUUCCUGCUAUUCCCCAAAUAAUCCUGCGUUUGGAGUUGUUAAAAUGUCACAUGAGCCUACUGGCUUCCUCCUCCCCUCGGGAUUGAAGCAGUGCAAGGGACGCAGUUUUCAUUCAGACCAAUCAGCUGAUUAAUCACUUGUGGUUCAUUAGCGGGCAUCUUCAGCUCCCCCGAGGAACGUCGCCCUCUUCUUGCUUUUCGAUGACGCAAAUAGCCGCGCCUUCCUCCGCUGACCCUGACAGAAGAUCUGGAAAUCGGUCCAGCCGCCGACCGGCCUGAUCGGGUUUCUCACGAUCGGCAGCAGGAAUGAAGUUGCAGCACCCUGCGGCACGCGAGAACUUUACAGUCCAGGAGAAAAAGGCCGCGGCGGACGUCGCCAUGGAGGGGGACACGGAGCUGGUGGGAAUGGGACUCCGGAUCUCGGUGUCCCCGCUCCAAAUAGCUCUGUACAUCUUCCUGGUGGUGCUGGGCAUCCUGGGUAACGCCACCGUGGUCGCGGUGAUCGGGAAGAGCGUGUACGCGGAGCGCGGACGGGGCCACAACUCGGACAUCAUCAUCAUCAACAUGGCCUUGUCCAAUUUGUUGGUGUCGGUGAUGAGGAACACGCUGCUGGUCAUCUCGGACGUGGGACUGGAGCUGUAUUCAUCUAAGGACUGGUGCCAGUUUCUCAUGGGCGUGUGGGUGUGGCUGCGCUCGGUCAACGUGUGGUCAACGCUCUUCCUCAGCGCCUUCCACCUGCAGACCCUGAGGCGGGUGGCCCCCAACGUUGCCCCCCUUCGCACCACCCGCGGGGCCCAUAACACCCUUCUGCUCAAUCUGGCUUUCAUCUGGUUCCUCAACUUUUUGUACUCCAUUCCCGCGUAUAUCUUCUCUACGAACGGCAACGUGAACUCCACGGAGACGCUAAUGUUGGUGAGCAGCACCACACGCCCGUUGCUGGGCUGCGUGUGGAACUUCCCCUUUUCUUUCAGCGGCUUAUCGUACGCCACCACCUCCAUGGUGAUCCACGAGACCCUCCCCAUCAUCCUGAUGGUCUUGACCAACGUGGGCUCGCUGUACACGCUCUACACGCACGGCAGAACUUCGGCGAAAGACGCCCACGUCAUCAAGAGAGUGCCGGCCGAGAGACGAGCGGCCAAGGUGAUCCUGGCGCUCAUCAUGCUGUUCAUCGUGUCGUGGGGCACCAGCAUCAUCUCCGUCAACUACUUCAACUACAACCGCGGCUCCUCGGCCGAGUUCCUGCUGGUGGUCGCCCGUUUCGCCAACAUCAUCUUCAUCGCCAUGUCGCCCAUGGUUCUGGCGGUGGGCCACCGCCGGCUGCGCUCUUUCGUCAAGUCGGCGCUCUCCCACUGAGAU